CCCUUUUUUUUUUAGGAUUAAACAUCUUUAAAAGUCGAUCAACUUUCAUUCAUGGGGGAGGAAGAUAAAAGGGGGAGUUUGUUUGGUCUUUUGGAUGUGUAGUGCUUGUGCUUAUUCCAUUUUCUCUUUUGCUUUGAUUUGGGUUUCUUUGUAGGUAACAGUUAUCUCUCAACUCUCAGCUUCAUCAGUUCUUCCCUUUAAACUUCAAGAGACUCCCUUUUACUCUAGUAGGUCUAUGCCCUAUCAACCCCAUCUCCCUUCGCUUUUAUGUAAUUUACCUCCACAUCUGUCUUUCCCUUUAGAAAAGAGAGAAUAAACAACACAAACGUGUGAGAAACAACAGGACAAAAGAAAAAAGAGUGUAAUAAGGAUCCGAAUUCUGAUAAGCAUGGCAUUAGAGGCAGUAGUUUACUCUCAAGUCCCAUUUUCUUAUGCUUGCAAGGACAUCUACCCUGUGGGAGGAGCUGGAGGAGGAGGAACUUGGGGCUAUGACUCUUUCUGCUUCCAAGAAGAAGAUAAAGCUCUUAUUGGAAUUCUUGACAACAACAUAGAACAAAAACAAGGGAGUCAUCUCCAUGCAUAUUGGGACUCCUCAUCUACUUCGUUCAUCCAACAUGCAAAGGAAUGGGACCUAUAUUCUUCACCUGAAGCUUGCACUGUUGAUCAGUCUCUCCCUGCAGCUGGAUUCCAAUGUCCAACGGAACCUUCUGCAGCGGCCACGGCAACAACAACGACGACGACGACGAACAGUACUAGACGAAAACGUCGACGCACCAGGAGCAGCAAGAACAAAGAAGAGCUAGAGAACCAGAGAAUAACUCAUAUUACUGUUGAACGCAAUCGCCGGAAACAAAUGAAUGAGUACCUCGGGGUGCUCAGAUCUUUGAUGCCACCUUCUUAUGUUCAAAGGGGUGAUCAAGCAUCGAUAAUUGGUGGAGCGAUUAAUUUUGUUAAGGAAUUAGAGCAGCUCUUGCAGUCCACGGAGGCUCAUAAGAGGACUAGUCAACAGCCAGAACAUAAUAGCAACCCUUCACCGUUUGCUGAGUUUUUCACCUUUCCACAGUUCUCAACUCGUGCAACUCAGUGCAAUAAUUCGCACUCCAUGGCAGCUGAGCCCAUGGCCGCCGCCGAAAGCGUGGCGGACAUAGAAGUGACCAUGGUGGAGACCCAUGCCAACCUCAAGAUACUCUCAAAGAAACGACCCAGACAGCUCUUGAAACUGGUCGCUGGAUUGCAAAGCCUAAGGCUCACCAUUCUCCACCUCAAUGUCACAACCGUAGAAGAAAUGGCUUUGUAUUCAAUUAGCGUCAAGGUUGAGGAAGGAUGCCAUCUGAACACUGUGGAUGAAAUUGCUGCUGCUGCUAACCAAAUGCUGCGCAGAAUCCAAGAAGAAGCUGCCUUUUAGUUAACACAUAUGUGAAGCCCUGAUUAUGUUUUUUGUUCUGCUGUGAUUGGGGUUAAUUAUCUGGCUCCAAAAAUGGAUGGAUCAAAGGGGAUUCCAUUGUUCUUUGCUCUCUAAUUUCUUGCAAGUUGAACUUGUCUUUUUCCCUCGUAUUUUUGAGAUAUACAAUGUAGUGCGUACAAUGUUUUUCCUAAUGUUGGGCAUAUUUUCCUUUCCUGCUAAUA